AGCAAGUUCACUUCAUCCUCACCAUCCUCAUCAUCAGCAUCAUCUGAGCGGGGAGACGUGAAGUGAUGUGAGGAGAAUUCUCUCUGAAUAUGAUGUUAAACUGUCACUGCUGCUCAUGGUGACACAUUUCUACCGAGGGAAGAAGACCCGGGGGUUCUUUAUCUGUGCGUAAAAGUGGUUUUGACUGAAGAAGAACAUCCUGCUGGUUUAAUUUCUCUUUUGCGCACUGGAUGGACUUUAAGCUCUUUCUUUUCACUCAUUAAAAUCAUUAAACGGAUUCUGUAUUUAAAGAGACAUUAGACUUUUUUCCUCUAUGUUUAGUGCUGUAAUAUCCUUGAUUUGGAUCACUUUGAAGGACUUCUCCUCCGCGUUAAUUGAAACAUGACUAAAGCUGCAGCUGCACCAGUUCGCCUUCUUUUGUUUCUCUGUGCGUAAAAGUGUUUUUGGUUGAAUUGUUUCAGACUGCAGAGGAGAAAUCCAGUGUCCUUUUGCGCCCUGGAUGGACUUAAAGGGUCUUUCUUCUCCCUCAUUAAACGGAUUUGGGGUUUAAUUAGAGAUCUUAAAUCUCUGCCUCUGAGGACUUCGCUCUCCUCCGUAGAGAAAUUUUUGUUUUAGCGCUGUAAUUUCCUCGAAUUGGAUCACUUCGAGGGACUUCUCUGGUGGACUCUUUGCGGUCUUCUCGGCUUUAAUGGAAAUAUGACCACCAGAGGGAUCCUCCUCCUGCUCCCUCUGCUGCUCCAUGCCUCCACGGUGAGUCUCUCCGCGGUGCCCGGGCAUCCAGCGCGCCUCUUCGGUCACAUCGCUGAGAACUCCCCUGCCGGGACGCCCGUGGAUGGAGUCCUGCUGCCGCUCGGACCCAGCGGCUGCCCUGGAGCCAGCCUGAAGGGGGAUUACGCGUCUGAUUUCAAGCUCGUUCACUACCGAGGACACCGGAACCAUCAUCUGGGUCUGGUGUCCUCCAAAGCUCUGGACCGGGAGUUUAUCGCCAUGUAUGAGCUGACGGUGGAGCUGCCGCCGCGCUGCCAGAGCAGGCAGAGAUCGGCAGCCGUGCAGGUGGAAGUGUCAGAUAUUAACGACAACAUCCCGAGAUUCACCGGCGGGAACCAGAGCGUGGACGUGGACGAGCUGACGCCGCUCGGUACCGAGGUAGCCCACUUUGACGCAAAGGAUGGAGACGCGGAGAGGAACGGACGAGUCACUUUUUACGCGUCACCAGAGUCUCACCUGCUGCACGUGACCCCUCAGAGCGGUCAGGUGAGGCUGGUCGGGUCACUGCUCGGGGUCAAACACGUGACACUGAGGCUGUACGUCAGUGAUGGAGGGGACGUGACGCUGACAGGUGAGCCGGUGUUCUUGCACGUGGACGUCCAAAGCUCCGGUAGAGCUCGGCGGAGGCCCCGGGCCCUUUCCGAAGAGCUCACCUACACCGUGACCGUCCCGGACCACGUCAGAGUCGGGGACCUGGUGUUCACGGUGCCGGAUCAGAGGUUUGAGCAGCGCCGCUUUGAGGUCCUCUCGGAGGUGGACUCUCCGGUCCAGAUCGAGCGAGACUCGGGACGUCUGUACCUGGCGAGUAAUCUGAGAGAGCCUGCUGAUGUGACGGUGAAGAUCCAGAACCUCCGAGGUGAUGAGUGGUACCUGUGCAGGCUGACUCUGAGCAUGCCCAGUCAGGCCGACCUGCAGUGGGUAAUGUUUCCCUCUCCUUACCUGGCCGCUGUGGGUCCUGACGCCUCACCUGGAUCUGUGGUGUACCGACUGUCAGCAAAGCAGCGAGACGGGACUCUGGGACAAGUCCAGUACUUUUUACUGGAUGGUGGGGAGGAGUGUUUUGAGGUAGACCGUCGAUCUGGUGACAUAAAAACAACAGGACGACCUCUGACACCCAGUAAGGAGUACCUGCUGCAGGUGCAGGCGGUGGAUGGGCGUGGUCGUAAAGGUGCCCCAGCUGCAGUGUCCAUUCUGGCUGGAUACCGCCCUCCACAGUUCACCAACUCUACCUACAGCCUGAAUGUACCUGAGAACACAGCUGUAGGACAACGUGUCGCAGUGGUUCAGGCCGUCUCCUUCCAGAAGAAGAGUCUGUCCUACAUGCUGCUGGUGAAUCCUGGGAAUCUGUUCAGCAUCAAUCAGGAGAGCGGAGCGCUCAGCCUCACCCGGACUGUGGACUACGAGAGUGGACACAACCUCCACACCCUGCAGGUCCGCGCCUCCGAGCCUGACACCGGCCUCAGCGGCGUGGCAGAGGUUCUUGUUCAUAUAACGGAUGAAAACGACUGCACGCCAGAGUUUCUGCACUCCAUCUACACCAGAGACAACAUACCUGAGAGCAUCGCGCCUGGAACAUCCCUGCUGCAAGUUCUGGCCCGUGACUGCGACUCCGGCGUGAACUCUGAGCUCUCCUACUUCGUCCACGGGGACGACUUUGACAUCACAUCAGGAGGCGUGGUCAGCCCCGCCCGUCGCCUGGACUACGAGAGACCCAAUCACGUCUACGAGUUCGUAGUGGUCGCCGUGGACGCAGGCACGCCCCCUCGCACCGGCACGGCCUCUGUCCGCAUCCGUGUGGCCAACAGCAACGACGAGGCGCCGGUGUUCUCACAGAACACAUAUAAGACCUUCCUCAGCGAGGAUGCCGGUCCUGACACGCUGGUCGCCAUUGUCCACGCUAAUGACCCGGACGGAGACACCGUCUCUUAUGCAAUCACUGGAGGCAACGAGGACAGCAACUUCCUGUUGGACAACCAGAAAGGAAUCAUUAAACUGAGGAAGAGUCCGCCCCCGAGGCUCAGAGGACCGCAGUACGUCCUCAACAUCACCGCCACGGACGACAACGCCUCUGGAGGGCCGUACCCCCUCAGCAGCUCGGCCCAGGUCAUCGUAGGAAUCAACGACAUCAACAACAACAAACCCGUCUUCCAGGAGUGUCAGAACUACAGUCUGAACGCCGUGGUGCUGGAGAAUCAGCCUCCAGGGACAUUUGUCCUGCGAGUCCAGGCCCACGACGCCGACAUGGGCGUCAACGGAGAGGUCAAAUACGGCAUCAUGCACAGAGAUGGAGUGUCAUCUGGGUUUGACAUCGACACUGACACCGGUGUGAUCACAACGACGGUGAGCUUCGACCGGGAGCGUCAGAGAGAGUUCACGUUGUCUGUGACGGCCACAGAUCAGGCCGAGGAGCCGCUCAUCGGGAUCUGUCAGAUCACCGUCCUCAUCGCUGACCAGAACGACAACGACCCCAAGUUUGAGAACAGCCGCUACCAGUACUUCCUGCGUGAGGACACUCCUGUUGGGACUAGUUUCCUGCGAGCUGCGGCACACGAUGACGACCAGGGGAGCAACGCCGCUAUCACGUACUCUCUGUCCAAUCAGAAGCCAGCUUACCUUCACAUCAACCCCAGUACCGGCUGGAUCUACGUCAACCACCCCAUCUCACAGACGUCCAGGAUCAACCAGCAGAUCGUGGCGUCAGAUGGAGGGAACCGCAGCAGCUCCGUGGAUCUCACCGUCAUCAUCACGAACGUCCACAACCAGCCGCCGCACUGGGAGAAACCCGAGUACUGGGUCACUGUGCCGGAAAACACCGUCAGAGACGCCAAGAUAGUGACCAUCAAGGCCACAUCCCCACUUGGUGACCCCCGUGUCACGUACAACCUGGAGGAGGGUCAGGUACCAGAGACCAACAUGCCGGUUCGGUUCUACAUCAAGCCAAACCGGGCAGACGGCUCAGCGUCCAUCCUGGUGGCCGAGAACCUGGACUACGAAACGACUCGCUUCUUCACGCUAAGGGUCCGAGUCCAGAACGUCGCGGCUGUACCGCUUGCUUCCUUUACCACCGUCUACGUCAACGUGACAGACGUGAAUGACAACGUUCCUUUCUUCCUGUCGUCCACGUACGAGGCCACGGUUCCUGAAGGGGCAGAGAUCGGCACGUCGGUGGCUCAGGUGUCUGCAACAGACCUGGACUCUGGUCUACAUGGCAAGAUCCACUAUGUGAUCCUUAAAGACGAGAGCGGAGACUCGCAGUUCUUCAGCAUCGACUCGAAAACUGGCAUCAUUGUCACCCGAGCCUCCUUCGACCGAGAGCAGAAGGCGUCCUAUUUGAUAGAGGUCCAGUCCCAGGACGGCUCCGAGUCAGCCAGACCAGGCCAACAGGGACAACCCAACACUGACACGGCCUACGUGAGGAUCUUCAUCACUGAUGUAAACGAUAACGCCCCAGCCUUCCCCCAGCCGGUGUACGAGGUCAGCGUGGAAGAAGACAAGGAGGUCGGCUAUGUCCUCAUGACCGUCACUGCCAACGACGAGGACGAAGGCGCCAACGCCAAGCUGCGCUACCAGAUCACUUCAGGAAACACCAUGGGCACCUUCGACGUGGAGCCCGAGGUGGGCACCAUCUUCGUGGCUCAGCCGCUCGACUACGAGAUGGAGCAGCGCUACGAGCUCCGGCUGGUCGCCUCAGACGGGAAGUGGGAGAACGAGACGCUGGUGGUGGUCCAGGUGGUGAACCGCAAUGAUGAGGCGCCCGUCUUCAGUCAGACCGAGUACCACGCCGCCGUGACUGAGGAGCUCACGCAGCUGCCUGUUCUCAUGCUGGAGGUGUCAGCCACAGAUCCAGACCAGGAAGCUGAUCAGACCGCCCUACGAUACUCCCUCCAUGGUCAAGGUGCUGGUGGUGAAUUCACCAUCGAUGAACGCACCGGAAGAAUCUAUGCCCAAAGACGCCUGGACCGGGAGGAAAGAGCCGCCUGGAGGUUCCUUGUCCUUGCUACAGACGAGGGAGGGGCGGGGCUGACAGGAUUCGCCGAUGUGCUCUUAGAGGUCCGAGAUGUCAACGACAACGCUCCCUUCUUCCCGUGUCCAGCUCUUGAAGUAGACGGAUGUUUCGUCGGCCAAGUGCCUGAAAAUUCCCCCGCUGACACGUCCGUCAUGGAGAUGAGGGCCAUGGACCUCGACGACCCCAAUGAGGGCAAGAAUGCCAUGCUGACCUACAGCAUCAUCAAAAACGUCCGGAACGAGAUCAACCUCAACCUGUUCUCCAUCAACGCCAGCACGGGGACCAUCUAUACGGUGCUGCGCUCUCUGGAUCGGGAGGCGGAGGAUCGUUACCUGGUGGUGGUGGAGGCCAGGGAUGGAGGGGGGUUGGCAGGAACGGGGACAGCAACCAUCAUGGUUUCUGACGUCAACGAUCACCCACCUGUCUUCACCCAAAGGCUCUACACCACCCAGGUGACCGAGGAUCUGGAGGUGAACAGUGAGGUUCUGGUGGUUUCUGCCACAGACGGAGAUGAGGGUGAGAACGCCGUGGUGACCUUCAGCAUCGUCGGCGGUGAUGAGGACAGGAAGUUCUUUGUAGAAACAGACAAAGUGAACCGGCGCGGCGUGAUCAAACUUCAAAAGAAGGUGGACUUUGAGAAACCCCAGGAGAGGACGUUCAACCUGACGCUGAAGGCCGAAGACGCCGACUUCUUCAGCUUGGCCUACUGUCUGGUUCAGGUGGAGGACUCCAACGACCACGCCCCCGUGUUCUUCCCACAGUUCUACGAGUCACCAGCGAUGUCUGAGGACGUCCCUGUAGGGACGAUUGUAGCUCAGGUUACAGCCUCUGAUCUAGACUCGGGCCAAAACGGACGCUUCUCCUACAGCAUCUCAAAAGACUCAGACCCCUACGGUCAGUUCCUGGUGGACCAGUCCGGGUGGGUGGUGGUGGCAGAUUCUCUGGACAGGGAGAAGAUCUCACAGCACAGGAUUGUGGUCCUGGCUACAGACAGUGGGAGUCCCACUUUGACUGGAUCUGCUAUCGUCAUGGUAACAGUACUAGACAUCAAUGAUAACGGUCCAGAGUUUGAGGUUCCCUAUAAGCCCAUUGUUUGGGAGAACACAGCAGCGCCUCAGGCGGUUCAGAUGAACGAAACCUCCCUCCUCCUCCACGCCACCGACAGGGACACCUCCACCAACGGGGGGCCCUUCUCCAUACGGCUCCUCAUGCUCACCUCAGACGCCACAAACUUCAAUUUGACCGACUUUAGGAACGGCAGCGCGGCGAUCACCGCCCUCAGAACCUUUGACCGUGAGCGCCAGAAGGAGUACCACCUCCCGAUCCUCAUGAUUGACAGCGGCUCUCCUCCAAUGAGCUCCACAAGCACGCUGACGGUGAUCAUCGGAGACAGGAACGACCAUCCACACUCACCUGGACACACAAACUUCAUCGUCUACAGCUAUGAGGGUAUUCUCCCGACGACGGUGCUUGGACGAGUUCAAUCCCCCGACCUUGAUGACUGGAGCGAGAAGGUGUACCGCUUCGAAGGCAAACCAUCCAGGUUGUUCAGUCUGAAUCAGAGCUCAGGUCAGCUCAGUAUCAGAGAGGGGACUCCUCCGGGCUCAUAUCACCUGCAAGUCCGAGUGUCUGACCUCACCUGGCCCGAUGUCACCUCCACGGCUCAGGUGGACGUCAGAGAGCUGCAGCAGGACGCCCUGCAGAACGCUGCAUCCAUCCGCAUCAGGAACCUGACUGUGGAGGACUUUUUCAGCAGCAGUGGAGCUGAGGAGAGUCGGUUUGUCCGUCUGGGUCAAGUGUUGGCUGAACUCCUGCAGACUUUACCAGAAAAUGUCCAGAUCUUCUCUGUUGGUGAAGCCGGCGUCAGAGGAGAAAGAGCCAUUAAUGUUUGGUUUGCUGCUCACGGCUCGCCAUACUACAGGGCAGAGAAGCUGCACGGAUAUGUGGCGGCAAACAAAGCCAAGGUGGAGUCCACAGUGGGCGUGUCCAUCUCUCAGGUGGGUGUUGACGACUGUCCGUACACGGACUGCAGUCAGUCUGGAGGCUGCAGCACCGAAGUCACGUUCAGCCAGGCUCCCAAGGCUCUGAGCAGUGGUAACACGUCUCUGGUGUCGCUGUCAGCCUCGUCGACCGCUCGGUGUGGCUGUCAGGGACGAGAGGCGAUCCACCUGCCCUGCUCCGCCUACCCCACCAACCCCUGCCUCAACGGGGGCACCUGCCAGGACGGGCCACUUGGAUACAGGUGUAAAUGUUCUCCGAUGUUCGACGGGCCCGAGUGCCAGCAGACCAAACACAGUUUUGGCGGCCAGGGCUAUGCCUGGUUCCCUCCCAUCAUGCCUUGCUUCCAGAGCCACAUCUCCCUGGAGUUCCUGGCGGAAUCAGCAAAUGGACUGCUCCUCUACAACGGCCCACUUGGCCCCGCCCACUCCGGAGAGCAGGAGGACUUCAUCGCUGUUGAGUUAAGGAACGGCGUUCCAGCUCUGAGUAUAAACCAUGGAUCAGGAACUCUAACGCUGCAGCUCCCUCCAAAAUCCACCGUCACCGACAGACGCUGGCAUCGCCUCGACAUCAUCAGUGAUGGAAAGGUGGUGCAGCUGAUCCUGGACCAGUGUGGGGGGGCGGUGGUGAAUGAGUUGGAGGGUGUCGGCAGGGAGGACCAGGAGAUGGAUGAGUCGGGCUGCAGAGCUGCGGGAGAAACACCUGGAAACCAGAGGUAUCUGAAUGUUUAUCAGCCUCUCCAGUUAGGAGGAGUGAAGGACAUGUCUCCUCAUCGUCGUUACCGCAGCUUCACCGGCUGCAUCCGCAACCUGAUGGCGGACAGCCAGGUAUACGACCUGGCGUCUCCAGGUGAGAGCGUGGACAGCUCCCCGGGGUGCAGGCUCACAGACGGGGUAUGUGUGACAGCCGGCGGUCCCUCCUGUGGCGUUCAGGCCUCUUGCCUUGCCGACUGGGGCUCCUUCAGCUGCGAGUGCCACCCGGGUUACACCGGACACAAGUGUGACAAAGCUGUCCCAGAGUUCUCCUUUGAGUCAGGCAGCACUGUGAGGUAUCAGCUCAGAGGAGGUGGCAGCUCUCGCCGCACACACAUCCAGCUGCUCCUCCGAACCAGAUCCUCCUUCGGUACCCUGCUCUCCGUGACCUCCCGGGAGGCCAAUGAGUAUAUUGUCCUAGAGAUCGCAGAGGGUCACCUCUCUGUUCGCUCCAACCUCGGUGAUGGCGCCCAAGCCUUGCAACUUCCUGGUCAGAGAAUAGACAUUGGCCAAUGGAUCCAGGUUAGCCUCAGUCGCCAUGACAACCUGUUCAUCCUGCGGUUGGAGCAGGGCGGGGGCUCGCGGGAGGUCCAGGCCCGGCUGGGGAAACGCAAAGAGAUCGUGGUUCAUCCAGCCAGCGUCAUGGUCGGCAACAUACCGAAUGGUGUGGACAAGGCCGACUUUCAGGGCUGCCUUAGGGACGUUCGUUUUAACAGUCAGGUCCUCCCUCUGGACGGGCAGAGUCGGGACUUGGUAACAGUGCUGGAGAGGCGGGGCGUCACCUUGGGUUGCACCAGCGAUGCCUGCAGCAGCCAACCGUGCCGCAGCCCGCUGCGUUGCAUCGACCUGUGGAGGAAACACCAGUGCAGGUGUCCGGGCAGUCAGGUGACCGUGACGGACGAAUCGGGUGAGCAGCGCUGUGUGCCAUCACCCUGUGGAUCCUCUUCCUGUCGUAACGGCGGCGUCUGCCAGGCGCUGUCGCCGGAAAGUUUCCGCUGCCGCUGUUUGGACGGGUUCAGAGGUCAGCGCUGUGAGCUGGGGCAGCUCAAAGGUCACCGCCUGGCCGCUCUCAGCCCAAGCUCCAUCCUUGCCAUCAGCAUGUGUCUGCUUGUCUUCUUCGCGGUGCUGGUGGCGGUGACAGUGUGGAACCAGAAAGGCAGCCGUAACAAGUUCAGGAAGCGAGGAGUUUAUCACAUCCCUGCUGAACACGAGAGCUGGGAGGACAUCCGAGAAAACAUCCUCAACUACAACGAGGAGGGAGGAGGGGAGCAGGACCAGAAUGGCUACGACAUCACGGAGCUGAAGCGCCCACUCUGCUCCAGUUUGUCUCAGUCGUCGUCCUGCACCACCGCUCCUCUCAUCAAAUCGUCCCCGGGCUCCCAGGAGGAGGUCCACCCAUCCAGCUCCUCCUGCAGCUCAGGCGCUCCCUACCUCAGCAUCCCCCAUCAUCACCACCAUCAUCAUCAGCACGCCACCAACAGCUACACCGGAGACUCCCCCUACGCUAACUUCACUGCUCCUGUGGCCCGGGACAUCGAUCCAAAUGACACAGGAGGUUACGUGGACGUGUCGUCAUCUCGCUCUCACGUGGACUUUAAAAGCUACGUGGCGAGGAUCAUCUGGGAGGCUGACAACGACAGCGAGGCCUUCCCACUGGAUGCCUACCACGUGUGGUGCGUGGAGGGCUCGGGGUCAUCUGCAGGAAGCCUCAGCUCGCUGGGGUCGGUGGCGUCUCGUAGGAACGCUAGCUCUGCCCCCUGUGUGGAGGAAGAAGAGGAGGAGGAUGAUGAUGAAGGAGGGUUUGUUUACGACCGUCUGUCUCGCUGGGGGCCCAAGUUUCAGGCUCUGAGCGAGAUGUACGACCGACCCCAGCUGGCCCUCACCUACAGAGACGCAGUGGACUACAUGGAGAGGAGCCACAGCCACGACAUGCUGCCCCACCACUAGAGGGCACCACACAAAAAACACGACCUGCUGCCUCGGCACCACUAUAGGGGGCCACACAGAAAAAAAAAACAGGACCUGCUGCUCCCCCACUAGAGGGCGCCAUACACAACAAAACACGACCUGCUGCCUCAGCACCUCUAGAGGGCGCCAAACAUCCACAGAGCUCAUACAGGCUGAGAGAGUCAGCACUGUGUUCACGUGUAAUCAGGAAUUAGCCAAGUCAUGUAUCAUUAAUGAAUAAAAUUUUUACAGGAUUAGGGCCAAAAUAAAAAGAGGAAGAUGUUUUAUGAAUUUAAAAAUUCAGCCAUUUAUUCUAGGUAGCAGGUGUAGAAAAAAAUGCUGCAAUUUUAGUUCCUUCAAUAGGGAUUUAUUCACCCAAUAUAAACAAAGUAGAUUCAUAAAAAGCAGAAGAUGCAUGCAUGUGCACGUUUGAAGGACUUAAAUAAAAGUGCACAUAUUUCUGACCAUAAAGGACUAAUGCAAUUCUCAAACUUCUGCAUAUAUAGAGCCACACCUGCAAGCUCGUUCAGGCAGUCAUACUAAAAAAACACUGAUUCACACCUGACAUGCAUCAUAAUCAAAUCACAUCCUCUUAAUUCAGCAGCCUGUUUAAGCUGCAGGAUUUCCUUUCUCUUCCUCUGCUCUGCUCUGAAUCAGUAUUGCACUCCCACUUUAACCCUCCUUCACCCCAGCAUCCACCUGUAGGCGCCCAUGGAAGGUUCAAGAUGUUUUCUCAUCACGUAGAUUCACGUAGAUUCUUCUGAAGUCCAUGCACAUGUCUUCGGUCUUUGUGCAGUCAGGUUUAAAAUCAUCCACUGGUCCACUGUCAUUCUGUGACAAAGAGAGCAGCAGAUCCUUGAGCUUAAAAUGACUGAAACAGCUGAAAGAAGAGCAAAGCAACUAAAAACUGCUUUUCAUUUUUGUGCUAUUAUUUGGGCUUUUCUCCUCCAGAUAGGAAAGCUGCAGAAAAAGCACAGGGGAGGACAUGCACCAAGCAAGCAGCUUGUAGAGGUCUGACCUAGCACAACUGAACAUAACUGGCACCAAAUUUAGUCUUUAAAUCCCCGCACAAAUCACGAGUUUCUUCAUAAAAAUGUUCCAGUCUUGCACAUACAGAUAGCUCAUCCUUUGUCAUGUAUGAAAGAGAAAACCUGACGUGACGUGAACACAGCCGCUUGGCUCCCUCUUGUUUCUCGAUGGCGGCUCUUUUCAGGUUCAUUUGCUCGUUGUGGAUGUUUGUUCAUGUGGAGAAGUCAGAGGUCUGACUGUGGAUCAGUGGUUUUUAUUCACACAAGCACAGAGAGACGAUUUUCUGGCUUUAUGAACCAGCUUUACACACAAAUAUGUCAAACUCUUAUUUAUUUUCUUCUUCUUCUGCCUCUAAUGCAGCUCAGUGUUCGCUAUUUAUUUUGUUUAUUCUGCAUUUUGGUGGUCGCUGAUUUCACUCAUGGAAAAUGUGAAUUUGUUUUAAACCAUUUUAGGAAUAUAAGGAAAGUAUGUUGGAUAUUUUGCAGCUGAUCAGAGUUCUUUUGCUUCAUUUGUCAACAUAAAGGCCUUGAUUUCCGCCUCACAAAGCGAACUCGGAGUUCUGCUCAGAGGCAUUUUUCUGGAAUCUUUUCAUCUGACCCGACAGAUUCCUCUCCUCCAGCUCUCCACAGGAACCAAAACCCAAACAAAAAAGUCAAUUUCACAGAAAUCUCCCAAGGACAAGCACUCCUUUCACCGUUUUAACUUUUUUGAAACAUCUUUGUCACUGUGCUGCUGUCAGUGUUGCCUCGUUCACAAAAACAGCUUCUCUUUUCUCGCUGCCUGUUGCACUAAAGGAGGGUUCAGAGAAUCUACGUGCCAGUUAGAAAUAAAAGCAGAUAAAUAAAGCUUUUCCGAGGUGGAACACUUUUUACCCUGCAGUGUUUCCAACGUGUAAAAUAAGAUUUGAUAGUUUUCACAUGACAGAUUAUUUUUGUACUCGUCUGUAGAAAUGUUCAGAAGCUGCUCUCUCUUCUCUGCAGGACGGCGUCUGUUUAAAGUGUUUUUCUUCUCGUUGAUCAGUUUGUGUUUGGACUUUUGUAAAGAUGUUUUAAUCAAAUCCAAACGUGUGGCUCGUUACGAUAAAGACAUAAGUCCUCAGGAAUCGUCUGCAGGUUCACAUUUGAGAGCAGCGGUCCUUACAAAGCUGCAGAGCAACAAUUCAGCUCUGUUUCCGGAUUUAUUUAAUUUACGUUUAUGCAAAAUAUUCUGAAUCUUCAUGAGGCUCAGUCCAGGUUUCUUAGAGGAGUUUCGAGGAUCAUUUACGACACAGGAGCAUAAAAGGCAAAAAAACAGCAAUAAAAUAAUGAAAAAUUAAUAUAAUCAAGAUGAAAUGCAAUCUAAACGUUCACUAUGCCUUAUUAAAACACCAACAAACCCUUCUGAUCCCAGCUCAGCAUGUCAGCGUUAGACACACGGUCUAACAACAAAAGAUAAAUGUGAGAAAGGAAAAUAAAACUUGUUUUUAAAGGCUCUUGUUUUUCCAGCUAUGCUCUGAAUCAGUACAUGCCUCGCAAUACGAGAUAGAAAAUGAGAAAUUCAAGACUGCAGGAGCUAAAUCUGUCUGUGGAAAGCUAAAUAUUUUCAGUGGAUAGCUUCGGCAUCACAAGACUGAUCUAGCAAAGCAGUUUCAUGUUAAGGCCGGCUCAGGCUACACAAAUUUAAGAUUUAAGCCCAACUGUGACGUUGCAGCUCAUCGUCAAAACUCGGGCCCGAUUUAAAACGUCGGAAACGACAAACGGUCUUGUAGUGUGACGUAAUUAACGACGCGUCCAAGACACCCCAUGACCACAAUUCAACAAAACUAGCAUGUCAGAAUUUUUCUUACAUCGUCGUCUAGUUUGACACCCUGACCUGACGUCAACGAUGUGAAUCCUGAUGUCUACCAACAGGAGUGUUUGCUCAUUAGCUGGGUUUCCAUUACAGUUUUUCGCAAAAAUAAAAGCGAAAUUUCUUAAAUUUCCAUUAAGUACAA